UAGCCUGUAGCUAACCCGUCUGCCUUACGAUUUUAUUGUCGUAUUCAGCCUUGUCUCUUCUUCAACAUUUAGGUACGUGUUAUUUGACUUUAUUCAAGUGGGUAUGUCUUAUUUUUAUGGAAGUGUACUGUUAAUGUAGUUGUCUGUGUAUUCCUUGUUAGCACAGAUGUUAGCAUAAAUGCAAUGGGUGGGGUUUACAAUUGGUGAGUAUUAUAGUUUCUAACUAACUACCCUUUAAGAUACAUAUCUCAGACAUUGCGCAGCAUGAACAUUAUCAUAAUGUAAUUUUUUAGACAAAUUAAACAUUUAAACGUUGAUUUUCUUUGUCACGGACUUCCGGACUACGAAGGUUCCGAAUACUUGUAACACCGGUCCUCCCUCGCUUGGUGCUCCCCAUCCUUGUUUCGUUCAGAUCUUGCUCUAAUUCCACAGAAGCCAGUUAGCUCUCACAGAUAUGGCCAGUAGCCAGCAGGCCAACGACGGCACGGAUCGGCCCGACCUGGUUUCUGGAGAGGGCAAGAAUAGCAAAACGGUCGUGUGUCAACGCUGCGGAUCCAAAGUGCUGUGCCCGGGGAUGGCUGUGUUUGCAGAGAAAGAGCUGUUUCUACCAUCCAUGCGGAAAAAGAACGGCCUCAGCACCACAGAGGGCUCAGCGGACGGGGACACCCUGACCGCCCACUGGUUUGUGGACGACAUGUACACUUUUGAGAAUGUGGGCUUCACUAAGGACGUUGGGAGAAUCAAGUAUCUCAUCUGUGCAGAUUGUGAGAUUGGACCGAUUGGCUGGCACUCUUUGGAUGACAAGAAAAGUUUCUAUGUCGCUCUGGAAAGGGUGAAUCAUGCAUAGUCUAAAUGCAUGUCACCGCACAUGAACUUCAACAAAAUGUGUUGGCAGGCUAUGCAUCUUUUCAUGGAUUUAUUCUCAGUUGAUCCCAACCUAAUCCAUCAGACAAACACUUACAUACACCGAUGUGUACGAUAGAAGGACUGUCUCACUCUCAUUCUCCUCUACCACACUAACAACAGUAUGAUCAUCCUGUUCUAAUAAAGAUGUUUUUGGGAGCUAAUGUUGAAUACCAUCCUGGAUAAUGUAAUGUAAAUUACCUCAUCUCAGUGUCUUUUAACACAUGGAAAAAUAAUCAAUUUUAGUCAGAUUAUGAGAUAAAACACAACUAACUCAUUAAAAUAAUUGAGUACUGUACUAACAUCAGAUUAAUCAAUUGACACAUUUGUAUUAUGCUCAAUUGGAUACUUAAACAAAUGCAGUUUUAAAAUAUGUGAACUUCUAAUUUUCACUUAAUUGGGUGAAUUCACUUAACAUUUUUGAUGAAGUAUUAAAUAUUUAACAUAAGCCCUAAACAUUAUUACUCACUGUUUAGAAAAGUCCAUUCCCCAUUGUGAUUGUACCCUAAAGAUACAGGGUGGGAAUUCCAUGUUAGUUUUGUAUGAGCGUCAUAGUCUGACAUUCAACAUUCAUGUUACUUAUUAUAUAAUUGUCAUUAAAGUACAUGCUUGGUCUCAAGUCCCGAAAGAGGCACGUCCAAAUCAUAUUUGAGAAAAUAAACUGGUUUAAUUUCUA